AUGAAGAUGCUCUGGCUCGGUCUACUGACUCUUGUCACAGCCUCACCUCUCCGAACCCCCAACCUGCCCUCACAGCCCCACGCCGGACCCUCUGAAGCUGACCAGGAGUUUGCAGAGAAAUAUCUACGGCACUUCUAUGGCUACAAGACCAAGUCCGAGAGACACAAGAGAACUACAGACAAAAAUGAAGGUGCUGAUUGGCAGACCGGACUCUGUGAUAAGAUCCAGAAGAUGCAACGCUUCUUUGGUUUGCUACCAAGUGGAGAGCUGACCAAUGAGACUCUGGCAGUGAUGAAGAGGCCACGCUGCGGUCUGUCGGAUGUGGAACAAUUUGGGGAAACAAUUCGCUGGAAGAAGAGCACACUCAGCUAUAGGAUCGCUGGCUACAACCUUCCCUUCUCAACCUCAAAGGCUCAAAAAGUCUUCAGGGCGGCGUGGAUGCUGUGGUCCAACGCUGCACCGAUAAAAUUUCGCAAACGGAGCAGGAAAGAGGCUGAUAUCGUCAUCUCAUUCCACAAUGGCGAUCAUGAAGACGGCUCACCAUUUGAUGGCAAAGGAGGAAUUUUGGCUCAUGCCUUCCUGCCUGGGUUUGGUAUUGGUGGAGACGUACACUUUGAUGCAGCUGAAGACUGGAGUCUAAAUUCUACGGGUUUCAACCUUCUUACUGUAGCAGUCCAUGAAUUUGGCCAUGCAAUUGGCCUGCCACACUCUGAUGAUCCCGGAGCGAUCAUGUACCCUGCAUACAACUUUGCUCCCAAUAAUGAACUUCUCCUCUCCUUCCGCGAUGUCACAGAUGUUCAACACCUGUAUGGUGAAAGAUCAACAAUACCUCCUCCAAGAACACCUGACAAAUGUGAUCCACAUUUGUCCUUUGACGCUGUUACAGAAUUACAACAGGAGGUCAUGUUUUUCAAAGAUAGAUUUAUGUGGCGCAGACAUCCUCAGUUUGAUGACACAAGGAUCACCCUGAUUGGCAGUCUUUGGUCAGAAGGUGUACCUAACUACUUGGAUGCUGUCUAUGAGAAUGUGGAGAGGAAUGUAAAUGUGUUUUUCAAAGGUCAUCAAUACUGGGUAAUGAAGCAAUUAAAACUUGAGGAGGGAUUCCCAAGAAACAUCUCGGACUUGGGCUUCCCCUCCAGAAUAAAAUCUGUAGAUGCCGCUCUUCACUUCCGACUAGGCAGCUACACUAUAUUCUUCACUGGCCAUGAGUGUUGGAGGUACAAUGAGCAGCAGAAGACGAUGGAGGGAUCACCAACACCUAUAGAGCAUCAGUGGCCGGGGAUUGCAACUCCCAUAGAUGCAGCAGUGUUCUUUGAGGGACUUGUGCACUUCUUCAAAGGAAACGUCCAUUACAAAUUUGACCCUAACUCCAAAUAUGUGACCACCAGCCCUGCCAAUGACAUGCUGGACUGCAAGAAGAAGGACGACAAUGAAAUACUGAAAAAGAGGAGAUGAGAUCACUUGUAUUUGCUGUGUGUGAAUACGUGUUACAAAACAUUUGCAAUCAGCCAUAACCGCAAUGUACCUAAAACCAAAUAGGGAAGUGAUGGAUGAUUCCAGGCAGUGGUUAAAAGUCUUACAGUAUCUCAUUGAGUUACGCAGUCUUGUAAUGAUGUAAUUUGUAUCAAAGAACAGUUUUCUUCUGUUGUGUAUGAUUUUGAUACUGAUAUUUUAUGGUGCUUCUGAAACUGCAUGACUUUGUGUUUAUGUUAUAAUCAACAUUUCUUUUAAAGAUACUCCAGAAAUCAUUACACUUAUUUCUGCGGUUCUACCUUUUGCUUCAUUGUGACAUGCUUUUCUUGCAACUUUUUCAUCCUCUCCAAAUGUGUCUUCAUAUACUGGUGUUGAUCAAUAAGCCUGAGAACAAUAUAGUUGAAUACAUUACUGCUCCUCCGUGUUCACUAUUAUGAAACUGUUACAAAAAUGUAGCUUUCCACUAACAUUGGUGUACAAAGUGGGUGUUGAUUAUUAGAGAACUAUCUCUAUGGAUGGAAAAUAACCACCUGGAGCUGACUCACAAUGAUCCUCCAGAAAAAAAGUUAAAUAAGCCUUUGCAAUAUAACACUCAUUUAUAUGUUAUACAAUAAACUAAAAUGUCUUCAUAAACCCAAUGCGAGAUGCAGUAGAAACAAUGUUUAAGCACAAAAUAUUGAAUAAAUAUAACGGCACAGCAUAUUGAAUGAAUAUGAAUGAAAAAUAAAUGGACAUCAAUCACAUAAUGGCAAUCACUGCUGUAAAAUGUAUCCAUGUUAUUGGCGCCCUAAAAAAAAAACAAUUGAACAUUUUAUUCAACCUUUGAGAAUAUAAUAUUAUGUCUUUUUAUUCAUGAUAUAUAAGGUUAUCAUUUGUGGUUGUGUUUGUUAACUGGUUCCAGAAAAAAAAAACAUCCUAUUUACAAAUUGAAAUUGUUUGUAAGAUAAGAUAAGAUGAGACAAGACGGACCUUUAUUUUUUCCU